CUUGUACCCACUCCUAGAGCUUCAGCAUGUCGGAGACCGCUCCCGCCGCUCCCGCCACCGCCCCCCCGGUGGAGAAGGCCCCGGUGAAGAAGAAGGCGGCUAAAAAGCCUGCAGGGGCUCGCCGCAAGGCGUCCGGGCCCCCGGUGUCCGAGCUCAUCACCAAGGCCGUCGCCGCCUCCAAGGAGCGCAGCGGCGUGUCCCUGGCUGCGCUCAAGAAGGCGCUCGCGGCCGCCGGCUACGACGUGGAGAAGAACAACAGCCGCAUCAAGCUGGGCCUCAAGAGCCUGGUGAGCAAGGGCACCCUGGUGCAGACCAAGGGCACCGGCGCCUCGGGCUCCUUCAAGCUCAACAGGAAGGCGGCUUCGGGGGAAGCCAAGCCCAAAGCCAAGAAGGCGGGCGCGGCCAAGCCCAAGAAGACGGCCGGGGCAGCCAAGAAACCCAAGAAGGCCGCGGGGGCGAGCACCCCCAAGAAGAGCGCCAAGAAGACCCCCAAGAAGGCCAAAAAGCCCGCGGCGGCGGCUGUUGCCAAGAAAGUGACCAAGAGUCCGAAGAAGGCGAAGGCUGCCAAGCCCAAGAAGGCCGCCAAGAGCGCAGCUAAGGCUGUGAAGCCCAAGACUGCCAAGCCCAAGGUUGCCAAGCCCAAGAAGGCUGCUCCCAAAAAGAAGUAGAUUGUUGAACGUCUACUUCUAAAACCCAAAAAGGCUCUUUUCAGAGCCACCACUAUCUCCGAGAAAGAGCUGAGCAUUCUUUCCUCCUAUGCCUUUUCCCCCUUUAACCUUUAGCUCUAGAACCAGGGUUGCGAGGGUGUGGUUGGCCACUUCGGGCUUACACCAACCGGAAAGGGGCGGAGGGGAUCGCUGCGCCGCCGUGGGGCGCGUCCCCCGCCCUGCGGUGCCCCGGGUGGCCUCCCCGGAGGCUGCGGUGCGGAAGCGCUGUCCCGAGGCGCGCACUCGUCCGCCAGCCCCGCCCCGCGCCGGGUACAUCGAAAACAACCACAGAUCAAAGCCAGCCUGUUUGUGUCUUUAGGGACACCCCCAUUGGGUUGGAAACUCAUUCAAAAGUCCCGCCCUGCUCGCGGGUUGGCCCACUCCUCCAGCCCGUGAUUUUUUCCCUGUGUUUUAUUGGGUGGCGUUCGGCCUCUUGUGUGUUCUAUGUUUUGUUUCUGGUGGGUUGAUUUGGGCUUUUCCCGCUGAAAAACGUGUUAUCUGGUGUUUCGGACACUUCCCAUGUCUUGGAAAGUCAAGUAGGGGUUCCCGGGGGGGGCAGCACGCGACCCGGGAGGAGGGGGUGCAGGCGCCUGCGCCCCGCGAUGUCGUCUGCAAGCCCGUGCGCCGCGGCCACCAAGUAUCGCGUCUGGAAAAGCGCGCGGCGGCGGCCGCGACCCUGCCAAAGCGCACGGCUGGACCCGCACCCUUCCAUCCCUCGCCUCGUAUAUCUUUGGAUAUGGACAGAGGUGUGAUGGAUUUGAGUGCAUCAAAAACAACUUUUCGUCGGCCAUUUUGUCCUGGCAGCGGGUACCCGAGCCUCGUUUUAGGCAGACGUCAACAUCCCAAAACCGGAGACGUUUUUUAAAGGAUUUCUGUGCGGCCCCAAGUCCCAACAGUUUCGAUGCGAGGAGCAAAAUAUGGGUAAACAGUUGGAAGCGUAUGCAUGUGUGGGGGUGGUGUCUAAUGAAGGGCUUUCGUGUAUAUUCACGGUGUUAUCUGUGGGUUCUUUUAUAUUCAUGGCGUUUCUUCUGGACAGAGAAAGUCCUAGUCCCGUUUUUAUUCUGGUGAGCACAGAUUUUCUCGAGACAAGUUCCAGGAACGGGCUUCUGGGAACUGCAGCUCAGUUCUUUGUCCAUUGCCACAAUGACGGAUCUAGUCGCUAAUUAAUCUAGAUUCGUUCCCCCAUUCCUGGUAGGGACCACGGGUUUCAUCCCUGCCCGCAUCGCCCCUCCCGACAGAGUGGGGAUACUUUGACGUCCGUUGUCGUGAGUAGAAAGACCUCCACUUCUUUGAGAGCGCUUCGCGCGCGGGCGCACUCACGAAGACAGUUUUCCCAUGGUUACUUCCCAUUAUUUUUGUGCUGUUAAUUUCACAUUUAAAACAAUUGAGCCCUCUGUAUUUUGUUGUAAGGUUUAAUAAAUGUAUACAACCCUUCCAUUUCUGCCCCCCCUACCCCACCCCCAUUUUGAGAUGCCACCUUUAUCAUGGGCUAAAUUCUUUGGAUAGUUGGAGUAAUUCUUCGUUUUCUACUUUGUUCCUUUGGUCUUUCCUGGCCAUUCCUCAAGUGUGAUCACAACUGUUAAGUAUUGUUCACAGGACUAUUUUCAAUGCUGAGAAUACAUGACCUAUAGUAGGUAUUAAAAUAAAAAUUGAAUGUUUAAUAAACUGAGAUGUUAUGACUGAUAGCUGAUAGAGCUCAUUCCCUCUCGUUGCUCUUCUUUCUCAGAAUUUCCUGGUUAUUCUAUUUUUUGUUUAUUUCGUUUUUCCAAAUGUAAUUUAAGAUGCUUCCUUCCUCCCACCUCUUCACCCCUCCAUUAUGCAUAAAAACCCCUCAAUACCCUAUCAGUAGUUUCUUUGGGAUGAUGUUAGAUUUACAAAUUAAUUUGGGGAGAUGAAUUUUCCUAUUCAAGAACAUUUUAUGUUUCCCCCCCUUUUUUUUCAAAUAUUUUGUACCUGUGGAGAAUGUUUCAAAUUUUCUCCAAAUAUAUCUUCAUAUUUCUUAUUACCUUUAUUCCCAGAUAUUUUGUCAUCUUUUUACUGUUGAAAUGGCAACCUGUGAGAUUUAAGAUUCCUUGAGGACCAGCAUCCCAUAAAGUGCACGCUGAAGAAGAUAGCCAGUUAUGGAAGGGAUCUAUGCCUGUGUGAAUUAAUAACCUCUAGAACAGUGCUGUCUAUAGCACAUAAAUAAGGAAAAAAGAAACAGGUGAAAUCAAUUUUAAUAACAUAGUUUAUUUAACCUAAUAUAUCCAAAAGAUUCUCGUUCAACAUAAAAGCAAUAUAAAAAUAUUUAUGAGAUAUUCCACAUUCUUUUUUGUUUCUCAUAUCAUGUCUUUGGAAACUCUAUGCAUACAGCGCAUCUCAGUUCCUGCUAACCUGUUUCAAGAGCUCAGUUAGCUAUAUGUGGCUUGUGGCAACCAUAUGGACAAUAAAAGUCUAGAAUGCCCUCUGUCCCUAAUGUCUCGGUCUUCUCUAACCUCAUCUUUGGCUUAAUGUUUGCAUGACAGUGUGUCAAUAUAUUAUGUCCUCUGUGGCCUAAACUUUUGGUGAAGUGUCCGACCUUAAAGGAUGGUUGACUGGUCCAAAGGGCAUUGGGCCAAUAUGAACCAUCAAAAAUUUUCUUCCAAGAACUAGAAUUGAGUUAAAGAAACUGAGGUGACCUGAUGUCCGGGGAACUGCCUUCUUAGACACUCUGUAGUAGAAACCGAGAGGUCUGGUGAAUAAAAAGAGCAGAAUGGGGCCAAGUACAGAGCAGAGCAGAGAGAAGAGAUGCAUAGAGCGGUGUUCUCUGGGCUCCUGACAUUGGAGUUCUUGGUUCUCCUAGCCAUCGGAACUCCUGCCAGUGGGGUCACCUCGCUUGGCUCUGGUUGGGUCAAGUUGUAGCAACCAGAAGACUUAAUUAAGACACUUCAAAUAGAAUCCCAGUUAGUGCUUAUGGUUAUGGCAUAGUGAAUAUCCAUGCUCCCUUUCCCUUUCAAAUGCUUUCAAGUCCACACACCUUUGGAGUUUAGUAUAUUUGCAGUUGAUCCUCACAUUGAAUGUCUCCUGCAAACAUAUCUGCCUAGGUAAUAACGGGUGUCCUUUACUUUCAAAUGAAAUGUAUUCCUCAAAAACAAAUAUAAUCACCCUUCUCUAGUAAGGGUACAGGGAGAGUUCAUUCGCAGAGAGCUAAAAGUUGUCAUAAAAAUCUCUAAUUUCACCUAGACUUUAGAUACAAUCUUCACCAAUGUUUCUUUGAUUUUUGUUCCAGUCCCUCACCAGUGUUCACAAAGUUGACUGGGUUAAGUCUGAUACUGUAAGCCAUUCAUUAGACUCUAAUUUGGCUGCUUUAAGAAAAAGGUCCUUGGGGCGCCU